AUGCCCCGUCGAAUCGUCUCGAGACUCAUCCCUUUGGAACCGUUGCCUGCUAUUCGCGCCAAAGAUCAAAGAUCACGACAGCUUGCCUUGGCUAGAAGGAACGACGGCACGCUGAUAGGCAACCCAGGGCCCGAAUUAUCAACAGCCGCCGAGAAAGCCAGACAAGAGGAGACGAGCAAGAAUUCGCGCGGGGUGAACAUUGAGCAGACAUUGGCUUUAAGUAUGAAGUCGCCAGAUGAUUCGUCACGAUUGGUGGAUAUCAUGCAUGAGGCUGGCGCCCCCGAGCACGCAUUACCGGAUGCACCGCAGUCCGGAGUGAAUGGAAUCAGCGCCAUUACUCGUGCCUACGAUUCAGUCAAAGCUAACUCUACGAAUGCUACAUCGAGUGGUGGUGCGGCCCCAUCAAGCAAGGUGAUCUGUGGCCUCGGAAAAGAAGACUCGAUCCCAACCAGAAUCCAACACAUUCAGAGCGUCACUGCCUCAGAUGCCAAAUCAAUGGCCACGAGCGAUGGCAUGUCAAAAUUCGAGAUAAUCAACGGGGAGGUAAAGUUGUCCGAGCCAGGCAAGCCGGAGUCUACCGCGUCCUCACGCCCCAAACGAUCUACCAGAAAGUCGUAUACAUGGCUUUUAGAACCCGAUGUCGAUUGGGACCAAGAUCUCCGACCUACGGACGAUGAGUUAGACAAAGCUGAGGGCUACGAAGGAACCGCAGUGACCUCGCCAGAUCCGGAGUAUAGGAACUCCACGGAAAGAAAAUCCCCGAAGCGAAAGAAACGACAGUCUGGGCCCGACUCUUCGAAACGCCGGAGGGCUACCAAAGGAAAGCCUGACCACAUUCCGAAAGAGAGAGAACAGAGUCUACAAUUGUCAUUGACGACUGGACCUAUCGUAGUCCCUCGAAGAGAAGUAUCUCGCCCUCAUGAAAAUUCGAGAUCAAGGCCCCUCAAUGGACAAUCUAAAGCUGUUUCCACAAAAGGGACCGCAACCCCACCCGGAACCUUGACUUUCAACAGCGAAACGCAACAGCAAUGCCAGAGUCAGCUUAUCGUCGAGAUAUCCAGCUGUUCACCAUCACCUUUAAAUCGAUCAAGUUCCGGAGACGAUGUCGACCAGAACAGCGGUCAUGGUAAUGCUCCCUCCAAUGCCAACAUCCAAGGAAGGGGAAAGCUCGUUGGUUCCAAGCUCUCUGAUGCGCUACGAGAGGCUGCACAAUCUUCUAGUCUCACCAACGAGCCCGGGUCCGUUUCCACCCGGACCUUUGGAGCCGGGAUUGACCACAGAAAGGCUAAUACUUCGGCUUCACCCAAAUCUUUGGCCCGGAUCUCCCUAUUCCAGAACUCACUCACCUCAGAAUCUAGCAUGGAUCAAGGACAGGUUGACUUCAAAUCAAACCGGUCAACCCCGGACCCUCGAACGCUUCCAGCAAAAUUGACACCUUCCGUCCCAGCAGAUUACUUGAGUCUCCCAGAAUCGAUGGGCUUUCAAGGGCUUCUCAAGAACCAGGGGCUUGUGGGGGUUGAUGCAAAUACUAAGGCAGCAAUACAAGCUCCGAUAGAAACAGCCAUGGACUCCGCAAAUACGGUAGACGAAGAAACAGCAAACUCACAAGAAUUCGUCCAGUUCCUCAGAAGCAAGGCAGACAUCUCGUCUCAAGCCUCAUCUGCAGCGAAGACUGACCGGCAGGCCACAUUACUCACCCAUGACAAUCAAAGCCAGAAUACACCUGAAUCCGAGAAACCCCUUCUGACCAAAAAAGCACCGCUCGAAUUUAUUCCCCUGUCGAUGCCAAGGAGUAUCAUCGUGGAUCACAACGGCAGCCCUCGAAUUACGACUAAUGGGAACAAAAACAUAAUCCAGAUGCAGUCCCCUGUGGAAGGUGACCAAAUGUGGAGCACCGAGAUGACAGAUGCAAGUUCUAGUGACUAUGAUCAAAGUUCUGACAUGUACUCUCCCGGCUACACCCCCGAGAGCCAACGGACAUGGUCCAAGUUUCAUCGCGACAUCGUCGCAGAAUAUGGCAUUGACACGGAGCAACUGAUCCGUGAAGGAGAUCGUCCUAUCUCCCUCAAAAAAGCCUUUGAAGUCGAUACCGCAACAUGUGGGACCAGCCUCGGUGAUCGACAGCGCACCGAGAAGCUGUUGGAGACCAGAGGGACGACUACUCCACGAGGGGAAGAUGACACCGCUGCAGCGCCAAGGGCUUGCAUUUAUCAUGAUAAAGCUUCUGCGACAGCCGCAAUAUCCUCGCCAGGUCCCACUGAUGAGGUUGGUCUGUGUACUAGACAGCAUGCAGACGAUCGUCGUGACGAUACGUUGCCUGCGAGAGCCUCGGGCACAUCUCAACCCGCCCUGGAGCCACAUCGAUCGCUCAUGCAGGAUGACGCCAAUGGUAUGGAAUGGAUAUCUGCUCUACAAACAGCCCAGAGGAGUGCACACAACCUGCUGUUAGAGACCAAUCAACAAUUGUCCACUCAACUUGCAGCCGAGCAAGACACCAUUCGGGACGUACUGCAGAUCUACCGCAUGGGAUGUCACCGCAUUCUCGACGAUCUUUUCCGAGCGCAGGAGGUGCGCAUGGAACUUUAUCGACAGCAGAUGUCGUCGGUGAAGGAGCAGCACACACAGAUUUGCCGGGAGCUCAUUCGCGGACUUCAGGAACUAGACGAUCGGGUGCAGCAGAGGUCCUAG